GAGACAACUUUAAGAUGCCAAUGGCAGAAGAAGAGAAUCCGAAGAUGGCAGCAGAAAGUCAAGAAAUGCCAAAUGCCCUUGUCAUGCUCAGGCUUAUACUCAUUGUGGUUGGACGAAAGCUCUCACGCAACCCAAAUACAUACUCAAGCGUCUUAGGCCUACUUUGGUCUUUAAUCUCAUUCAAAUGGAACGUUGGGAUGCCUAGUUUGGUCAAGUACUCUAUAAAAAUCAUUUCAGAUGCGGGUCUUGGGAUGGCCAUGUUUAGUUUAGGGCUUUUCAUGGCUCUUCAGCCUCGGAUUAUUUCCUGUGGCGCCCAAAGAGCAACAAUGGGGAUGGUGAUCCGCUUCCUUUGUGGGCCCAUAAUUAUGUCGGCUGCAUCGAUCCUUGUUGGACUGAGAGGUGUAAAACUACAUGCCGCCAUCGUGCAGGCAGCUCUUCCUCAAGGAAUUGUACCAUUUGUUUUUGCAAGGGAAUACGGCUUACAUCCUGACAUAUUAAGCACAGGGGUUAUCUUUGGCAUGUUAGUCUCUUUACCCGUGACGCUCCUCUAUUAUAUAUUUCUAGGCCUAUGAAGAAAUCACA